AUGAGCAAACGUAGACGUAGUAGAAAAGCCAGGGGCCCUCAAUUAAAAAAACGCGAUGAUGAUGACGAUGUUUUGGAACAAAAUAAUCUGCAAUUUUUGGAUAGUUUACCAAAAUCAAUAGAUGAUAUUUGUAAAAUUGAAGUAUCUACUAGAGGUCAGACCAGUAACGAUCUUUGGAAAGAGCAUCGUAGUAAUAUGCUCACGGCGUCAAAUUUUGGAACCGUUUGCAAAUUACGCAAAACAACAGAUCCAAAAAGACUGUUAAUAAUAUAUUAUUUUCAUCUUUUUACGGAUCAGUCGCUACAAAAUGGAGACAAGAUCAUGAAUCUAUUGCGAUAG